AUGUCGAAGCAGUACCUUCAGACGUUGACAAUACCAGACGCACAUCCAACCGACAUCUUUGCACUCGCCACGACUCCCUCACACCUUCUCACUGCCUCCGGUUCGUCCUCAAUUCGCAUCUACAGCACCAAAGGCCAGACCAUCCACGCCGACUCCGCCGAUGAUGAGAACCCUUACCCACUCGCCCAAACGCUGGAGAAGGUGCACCGCUUAGGGUGCCAUCACCUCUGCGCGAGCUUGGAUGGAAAGAUCGCCGCCAGCGCGGGAUUCAGUGGCGAGAUCAAAAUCUGGGAAUGCAGCGAGGAAGGUCAAUGGCAGGAGAAAGGCGAGAUACGAGCGUUGGACAAGAAGCCUGGCGAGCACUGGGCUCUGGCUUUGAAUGAGGAUGGACAAUAUCUUGCCUGCACGACCGCGGACGGCCGCGUCAAUGUCUACGACCUCAGCACACUGGCAGAUGGGAAAGCGGAAAAGGUCACCGAAUUCCAGACCAAGGGCUCCUUUGGCAUGUGCGUGGACAUCUCGCCCAAUGGCGAAAUGACGGCUUCAGGACACCAGAACGGCAGCAUAUACAUCUUCAACAACAGCACGCGCCGCCUUGCACACUCCCUGUCUGGGCUCAUCAAGCCAGUCCGGAGCGUCAAGUUCAGUCCGGCAAAUCGAUAUCUCGCCGCGGCUGGAGACGCUCGAAUAAUAGCCUUGUACGACACGCAGAGUGGAGAGCAAGUGGCGAAUCUAACAGGACACGCCUCGUGGAUCAUGAGCCUGGACUGGAAUUGGAGUGGAGAGUACCUGCUUAGCGGAAGUCACGACGGCAAGGCGAAGAUCUGGAGUGUCGAGCGGAGAGAAUGUGUGGCCACGCAGACAGAGAGUGAAAAGUGUCUUUGGGCUGUAAAGUGGCUGUACCAUGCAGCGACGGCGAGGAACGAGAUAUUCGCUACUGCUGGUGCUGGCAAGACGCUGGCAUUCUACAGAGAGGCGAGCGGAACAUAA